GGGGCUGGUCCAGGGGCAGGGACGGGUCCACCAAGAAGACCCCCGCCACCCCCAUGAGCCAGCGAUCUCCAAGAUGAUGGUCCCCAGGGAGGAGCUGGAGGGACUCCAGAGUCGGUGUCCUAGUGGCAGAGUUGGUAAAGAAAGAGCCUGAAGACGAGGGGAGGCAAGGAAGCAGGGCCUUGCCCCCCUGCCAGUGGUCUGGGAAUCGAACCCAGGGCCUAGCACACGCCACUCACCACUGAGCUACAGCCCCGGCCCGGCAGCACUUCCCCAUGGGGACAGCACCACACAGACCUGCCUGCCAUACACAGGAGCCCUCUGCUGGACCCGGUCAACACACAGCCCGGCAAAGCCAAGCAACAGAACUCACCGCAAGGAGCAGCUCUGCUGAAACCGUCAGAGAAGGAGCAUGCAGAAUUCCGAGGGAGGAGAGGACUCGCCGACUUCAGUGACUCUGCGACCCCCGGCAGCUGCAGCCCAGCCUGUGCCCCCCUCCCCGCAGGGACCAAACUCAGGACCCUGUGCUUGUGAGAGGGUGCUGGUCCAGGUCGCAGGCCCCACACCCAAGGGGGCCUCGAUGCAGCCACUGUCCCUCCCCAGAGCUCCGCAGGUGCCACAGCAGGUUCCGCCUGUGCAGCACGUGUACCCCGCUCAGGUGCAGUACGUGGAAGGGGGCGACGCUGUCUACGCAAAUGGAGCCAUACGAGCGGCCUACGCCUACAACCCCGAGCCUCCGAUGUAUGCCCCCAGCAGCGCAGCCUCUUACUUCGAGGCCCCAGGCGGCACCCCGGUGACAGUGGCAGCUUCAUCCCCGCCAUUGGUUCCUGCUCAUGGCAUGGUGGGCAUCACCAUGGACGUCGCAGGGAACCCCAUCGUGUCCAGCGCAGGCGCCUACCUCAUCCACGGGAUGGACAGCGCGAGACACUCCCUGGCCCACACCGCCCGGUCCUCACCAGCCACGCUCCAGUGGCUGCUGGACAACUACGAGACAGCCGAGGGCGUGAGCCUCCCCAGAAGCUCCCUCUACAACCACUACCUGCGCCACUGCCAGGAUCACAAGCUGGACCCUGUGAACGCUGCCUCCUUUGGGAAGCUCAUCCGCUCUGUGUUCAUGGGGCUGCGCACACGGCGCCUGGGCACCAGGGGCAACUCGAAGUACCACUACUAUGGCAUCCGUCUGAAACCAGACUCCCCGCUGAACCGGCUCCAGGAGGACACUCAGUACAUGGCCAUGCGGCAGCAGCCCCUGCACCAGAAGCCCAGAUACCGGCCAGCCCAGAAGACGGACGGCCUCGGGGACAGCAGCCUGCACAGCACGCCAGAGCAGGCCAUGGCCACACAGAGCCAGCACCACCAGCAGUACAUAGACGUAUCCCACGUGUUCCCAGAGUUCCCGGUGCCUGAGCUGGGCAGCACGCUGCUACAGGAGAGCGUCACACUGCGCGAUGUCAAGGCCCUGCAGCUGGUGUACCGACAGCACUGCGAGGCCACCUUGGAUGUCGUCACGAACCUCCAGUUCCACUACAUCGAGAAGCUGUGGCUGUCCUUUUGGAACUCCAAAGCCACCUGCAGUGACGGCCCCACCUCCCUCCCUGCCAGUGACGAGGAGCCCGAGGGACAGGCCGUGCUGCCCCAGGACAAGCUCAUCUCACUGUGCAAGUGCACGCCCAUCCUCAAGUGGAUGCGAAACUGCGACCACAUCCUGUACCAGGCGCUCGUGGAGAUCCUCAUCCCAGACGUGCUGCGCCCGGUCCCCAGUACCCUGACCCAGGCCAUCCGGAACUUCGCCAAGAGCCUGGAAGGCUGGCUGACAAAUGCCAUGAGUGACUUCCCGCAGCAGGUCAUCCAGACCAAGGUGGGCGUGGUCAGUGCCUUCGCGCAGACUCUGAGGCGCUACACGUCGCUCAACCACCUGGCCCAGGCAGCGCGUGCAGUGCUGCAGAAUGCGUCCCAGAUCAGCCAGAUGCUCAGCGACCUCAACCGGGUGGACUUCGCCAACGUGCAGGAACAGGCCUCGUGGGUGUGCCAGUGUGAGGAGGGCGUGGUACAACGGCUGGAGCAGGACUUCAAGGUGACCCUACAGCAGCAGAGCUCGCUCGAGCAGUGGGCGCGCUGGCUGGAUGGCGUGGUCAGCCAGGUGCUCAAGCAGCACGCAGGCAGCCCCAGCUUUCCCAAGGCUGCGAGGCAGUUCCUGCUCAAGUGGUCCUUCUACAGCUCCAUGGUGAUCCGGGACCUGACCCUGCGCAGUGCCGCCAGCUUUGGCUCCUUCCACCUCAUCCGCCUGCUCUAUGACGAGUACAUGUUCUACCUGGUGGAGCACCGAGUCGCCGAGGCCACCGGGGAGACGCCCAUCGCCGUCAUGGGGGAGUUCAAUGACCUCACCUCCCUGUCGCUGACGCUGCUUGACAAAGACAACAUCAGCAGUGGUCGGGGUGGCGAAGAUGGCUGCAGCCUGGGGGAGCCGCUGGUGAAACGUGAGCGCAGUGACUCGGGCCACCACCUGCAGGGUGGCAUCUAGCACCUCCCCCAGGUGCCUUCCAGACACAAGGUCCCAGAAGAUGUCACCCAGCCACUCUGGGAACCUGGACCUCCCAGCCCCACCGCACUUGUGCCUCUUAGAUGACUUGAUGUUUACUGCGACUCUGUCCUGGGGCCGCGCAACUGGGACUGAUGGGAAAAAAAUGGUUAUAAACGCUGCCAAAGCUGCAGCAAGGCCCUGUGUCCCUUGUUCUGGGGACGCCCCUCUGCUGGACGUGAGCUUCGCUCUGUGUCUCCGUAAGAGCCGUGCGGAGAGCCAUGCGGAGAGCUGGUCCCCACCACAAGCUGCUCCUCUGUCUUCACCACAAUGACAAACCCUAACCUGGCUGAGUGGACAGGGUGCGACAGCCCGGCCCUGCCUGGUCCUGCACUGUUUGGGGCACAGAGCCCUGGCCCCGUGGGUCCCCUUGAGAUCAGAGGCCCCAGUGCUUCUGGGCAGAAGAACCCGUCCCAGCGUGUGCCUUGUGGCCUUUGCCAGCUGGAGGGUUCCAGGCUCCUUGCCCUGCAGAGCUCCUCUCCAACAGCACAUCUGCAGCCUGAGAAAGAGCAAGCCAUAGCAUUGAGUCCACUCGUGUCCUCAAAAACUCACAACCGCAAGUCUGAUCUGCAACAGCAAGGACCCAGGCUCACAGUCAACAACAUCCAGCUGGGACGGUGGCAGCUGCUUCCCCGUGCCCUGUGACCUCAGAUGGCUCUGAGGCCCGCGAGUCCCAUCUCAACCUCUUCAAAUCAAAACUGUGGGGACAGAUGACAACUAAGGACCCGUGCAACCCUGAGCUCCAGACUCAAUGGGCACUGCCCCGAACCACAUGCAGAGAUCACAAAGAAAGGCUGUCUAAGGAAAUGCAAUACUUCCUCUCCUUGGGAAAUGUUGAUGCCAAUAGUUUUGUGCGCUAAUUGUUCUUAGGUUUCUUUAUGAACGUAUGUCUCACACAUACUCAGUCUCCAGUAUUUUGUUCUCCCUCACACAAAAUGCACUAAUAUCAGCUCCCAUGGCUUUGAAAACUGCACCCCUCUGGCCGUGCUGGGGUGCAGGAGGCACGGAGAGAAAGGUGUGGAGAUGUUCUGAGGCCCAUAGUAAUCACCAUGUUUGCCUGGUCUUAUACAGAAGACUUAGAUGAACUCAGACAGGAAGAAUGUCGUCCAAGUUCACUGAUGUGCUGUAAUGGCAGUUUGUUCCUGUGUGGAACCAAUACAGAUGGGGUUUCUGCUCUGCGC